AUGUCUGCCCAUCUCCGCGAGAUCUCUGAAAAUUCCGUGGCUUCCCACGACACAGAGUUGUCUGAAGAUGCUCGUCUAGCGAGAGCCACAGAAGAAAUGUUAGCAGUCACAGAUGCUGCAACACAAGAUCAAGACAUACUUCGACGGACCCUGAGCGUGCAUUCUGUCAUAUCAAGCUCUCUAAGCUUCGCAGAGCGUAUGCAGCGGGCGAAAUGGUUUCAGAGUGCUGCGCUAGUUGUGAUCGGGCGAGGAACAUGCGGCACGGUCUUUGAGAUUCCCGGAACAAAAUCUGCAUACAAAAAAGGCAGCGAUAAGCACUCGUUGUGGAACGACGCAAAUCUGACCAACAUUGCCUGCCGUGCAGUAACAGAGACCAAGACUUCUCUUCAGGAAAUAUUCCCGAAUGUCUCGAUUCCUCGUGUGCCUGAGGUGACUGGGUGGAUCAGUCAGAAUGACUUGGAGAACUGGUGGCUACAGAAUUUGUCACGAUUUCCAGAUGAUACUCAAACUGGAUAUAUUUUCCAAGUCCAGCGGAUCCUGCCGCUUCCCAAGCCCUCCCGUGAAGCUCUCAUUCGCCUCUAUUUUCCGAAGAAAUUGCGCCGUUCUGCAUACCAAGACCCGGAUAAUAAGGCAUGUCUUGUUCGACCAUACCUUGGGCAGCGAAGAGGAGAGUGGGAAUUUUCUAGUCCAGUACUCAGCCUUCAGAACUUUCCUCUUUAUCUCGAUCAGAUAGAGGAACUCCAGUUAGAAGCUACUCAAUUCUCUGAAGAGAUGGCUGUUGGGCUGGCUAUUAUCCACUGGAGGGCUUUCUUAGACGGUAUGGACAUGGAAUUCGUACUCGGUAGUGCGACAGCAGAUGGAGAACUUCCCACCGUUGUUGAGAACUUCAAGACGGUGAAACCCUUUGAGACCCCUGCUGGUGAUUUCAAAAGACGGCAGGUGCAUCUAUGGAUGCUUGACUUCGAUAAAGCUGACCAGCUUAACCUAAAGGAGAGCUGGAAGUCUUGCUGCGAUAAGAUGGUCACAGCUGUGACAGCGAAUGACCCCUAUUUCCCCAACCCAGCAGCCACGGGAACUCUCGAACACAAGUUGUGGGAUACAUUUGAACACGCUUAUCUUCUUGCUGCGUCUAAUCUUCUGCAUAUACAGAGAGGGUUGCCAAAGAAGGCGAAUAAAUACCCAGCUUUAUUUUUGAAAGCAUGGGAGAAGAAAGCUACAGAACUGGCAAAGGACACAGAGGGUAAUUUUGUCGAAUUUGGGUAA